GAGCAACGCUUGUCGAGACCGGACGUGCUGUGUAUUUUGUCGCUGCGCAUAACUAUUGGGCACGCAUUGCGGGUGUUUGUGUUAAUAAUUGCGAAUAAAACUACUGUAUAGUCGGCGGAAGCAACAAAAACAACUGCCGCUAAAUCCAUUGAACAAAUUCAAUAAUCAAAACGUGUAGAAUUUUAAGUUGACGCUGUAUCUAUGUGUGUUCGUUGUGCAAAGUAGAAAUGGCAAAAAGCAAAAGUAGCCAGCAAAUGUGUGUGUGUGUGUUAUUUUAUUGCUAUUAACGGCGGCAAAUUAGCAUUAAAUCAUUAAGCACUGCUUAUAAAAUACUUGAAGCGGCACAGGCUAAAGUACAACUGCACAUCGAUUCAGCUCCGAAUGCAACGCGUAGGCGAGCGACUCGUUUUGCAUAGAAAUGACAACCACAACGCAGAUGGAGAUCAACACCAACGGGAACGGGAACGGCAACGCCAGCUUGGAUGGCAGCGCCGUGACCACAAUGGCAACUGCAACCAACACCAACUCCAACUCCGGCAGGGCCAGCCCAGAGCUGGCCAAAGCCCAUCCAGUGUCCAAGAGUCCAGGCGCCGUGGGCGCGGGCGUGCCAAGCACACAAAGAGCUGUGGAUGCCACCAAACGCAAGAAACUGAAAUCACGCAGCGCCGCAACAGCAACAACAACAGCAGCGGCAGCAGCAGCUGCAACGGGCACAACAACAACAUCCAGCAAAAACAAAAGCAGCAGCAGCAAUGGCAGCGCACGCGAGCAAUAUGCCAAGGAUCAUUUAGAUGCUUGGCUGGAGAAUUGCCUGCGGGAUGCGACAAAUGCGCAAUUGUCCUCGUCAUCGGAAUUCUUGGAUUUUAAUCCAGCAGCAGCAGCUGGCAAAACGCUGGCAGCUGCCGCGGCACAGCAGCAACAACAGCAGCAACAGCAACUUCAGCAGCAGCAGCAACAACAGCAACAACAGCAGCAGCAACAGCAGCAACAACAGCAACAACAACAACAACAGCAGCAGCAGCAGCAAUUUCUGAUGCGUUCGCAGUCGCAACCUUUUGGCAUGGGCGCUGCCACGCCCUUUAGCCUGGGCAUACAACGCCACUCCCAGCCGCUUAGCUAUCGCUACCCAAUGCUCUUUCCGCAACAGCCCAAUGGCUACGGGCUGGGCUUUGGCCUGCCGCUGCCUGGCGAUGGUGGGCAGGAGUUUGCCAGCCUGCCGCCGCUGGUCAAUAUGCUGGGCGGCUUUGGCGCCAGCCCAGAGCACGACCAGAACUCCACAGAUGUCCUAGAUGGCAGCGGCAGCAAUCCGAACAUUAGCCGCGGCUUUCGCUUUAGUGAUCCCUGCCUGCUGAAUCCCUCGGACAAUGAUUCCAAGCUAAGCGGUCAGAAUACGCCGGACUGUCGCAAUGGCAAUGGCGCCCCUGGCGCGGGCAUUGGCAAUGGCAAUGUCGACUCGGAGCACCAGAAUAAAUUCUUUGCCGCGCUAAUGGAACAGAUUAACAUUUUGCACGAAACGAAUUCCAAAAUUUGUCGCAAUUUGCACGAAACGAAAGUCGAUAUCGAAGCUUUGAAGCACGCUCCCAAUGGCCAGCCCUGGGCUGGUGGCGGGGGCAUGCGGCACCGUAGAGAUAGCUUGAGCGGAUUAAGCACACAAAGUCAGCCCUUGGUAUUUGGCGGCGGAUUCGGUGGCACUCACAGUCCAGCGCCCACCUUUCAUUCAGGCGCCUACACGCCCGGCAUGAUGACGGAUGUGGUGCGCGAGGUGAAGGAGGCGGCGCGCGUCCGCGAGGAUGCGCUGAUUAAUCGCGUCAAGUCCAUGGUGGAGGAGCGCCAGUGGACCAUGAGUGAGGGCAACGUGCGCAUACUGCGUGACAUAGAUGAGCUAAAGUCCCAUGUGAUGCAGCUGCGCGUCGAGCGCAAGGAGACGAACAAGCGUGUGUCCCAUCUCGAGGCGGAGAACAAAUAUUUGCGCCAGGCCUUGGCCAGCUUAUUCAAUCAACGUCAGGCGUAUCACGACAUUAUAUACGAGAACGAACGCGCUCGUGCCGCACGCAGCAAGGCUCCUUUCGGGUUUCCCAAUGGCGGCGCUCGACGCGCACACUCCCUAAAUCUGCACUAUGGCACUGUGCAUCAGGCGCCGGCGCAGCCCACACAGCUGCUGGAUGAGGAUGAUGAGGGGCAGCCGGAGGACGAGGAUAAUGAGGAGCUGGCGUUGAGUGCGGCGGGAAGCAAGCGUCUGUCCAGCUCCAGCAAUGAAUCUCGCACCAAUGGCCUGGCCACGCCCACAGCAAAACAGCCGCAAGCCCAGCCAGUGCAAAGUCCGCCCAAGUUUGCAUUGUUAGCGGAGCAGUUGGCAUCGACGCCUACGCCCACGCCCCCGCCGCCGCUGCUGCCGCGCAAAAAGGAGCAUGCCCAACUGAAGCGCGAACUCAGCGAAGCGACCAGCGCACGUAAGGAGGCCAAUCAGCGUAUCAUUGCACUCGAAAAAUUGGUUAAAGACCUAAGCGCCCAGGUGGCCAGCCAGCCGAAUUGGAAUCCAGGUGUGACGCCAAGCACCGCUGCCACGGCCAACAGACUCAGCCUCGCCGGCGGACCCAUUACGGACUUAUAGUUCUAGCUAACCGGCUGCGGCGAUGCCAACGCGCCCGGCACCAGACACCACAAGACAGCAGCCGGUUUGCGUGUGACACACUUAUAGCAGGCACCAAAUCCUCGGGGCGACCGGCAACAGCGGCGACUGCACACAUUUCGUUUCAAAAUUAUUUAUAGCUCACUGACCUAUGCGUAAAACAAAACAACAACAACAACAACAAGACCAUGUUUAAUACACACAUAAGCCAAAAGAUCGUGUUAAGUUUACGACAUGUUGGUCGUAUUCCAAAGGCCAAAUCCCCCAAUCCAGCAUUUUAUAAUUGUGUCCCAAAUCCUCAGGCCGCACAAAAUAUCAGUUGACCCCACACAAUUUGUAACUAAAACCAUUUAGUAACUACACUUACCUACAACUAUUAACUUUGUAACUAAUAGCGAGAAUCGUGUACCUAUAUAGACAUACAUACAUAUAUACUUGAUAACAAGCGAACAAAAAUCAAAAUCUAUUAAGAUCUAAUUGUUUUGUUAAGGGAUGCAAUCACUUUACACAUACGUACGUUCAUCAAUGUUGUUGUGCAGUGUAUUAGUAUUAAUCACUAUUUUUUAAUAACUUACAUUAAACAGAUUUAGGUGCCAUUUGAUAUAAACAA